GCCCACUCAACGGACGAUGUCGAAUCCUCUGACGAAUUUACAGCAGUGCCCCUCCCCUUCCUUUGUCCCUUUCCUCCCUCCCUCCUCUCCGUUGCCGUCGACCGGAAUCUCCGUCGUCGGGCCUCGCCGGCGAUGCCUGAGAUUCGUUACGCGCUGCGUAUCUUACGGUCAGAGCUCCGUCGACAACAGUGCUGCUGUAGUGGAGCGUAACCAGAUUCGUCUUGGUCUUCCUAGCAAGGGACGAAUGGCCUCUGAUACUCUUGAUCUUCUCAAGGAUUGUCAAUUGUUCGUCAAACAAGUCAAUCCUCGGCAAUAUGUGGCUCAGAUUCCGCAGUUACCGAACACAGAAGUCUGGUUUCAACGGCCAAAUGACAUUGUGAGGAAGUUACUCUCAGGAGAUCUGGAUCUUGGAAUAGUUGGUCUUGACACUGUUACUGAAUAUGGUCAGGGAAAUAAAGAUCUUAUUAUCAUUCAUGAUGCUCUCAACUUUGGUGACUGUCGACUAUCCCUUGCGAUACCUGAAAAUGAGAUGUUUGAGAAUGUAAAUUCUCUGAAGGAGUUAGCACAAAUGCCCCAGUGGACCGAGGAGAGACCUUUACGUGUUACUACAGGCUUUUCUUAUUUAGGCCCCAAGUUCAUGAGAGAUAAUGGGAUAAAGCAUGUCAUCUUUUCAAUUGCAGAUGGAGCCUUGGAGGCAGCCCCUGGGAUGGGGAUAGCUGAUGCCAUUUUAGACCUUGUGAGUAGCGGGACAACUUUGAAGGAGAACAACUUGAAAGAAAUUGAAGGAGGAGUUGUGCUGGAAAGCCAGGCCGUACUCGUUGCAAGCAGAAGGGCAUUGACUGAGAGAGAAGGGGCGCUAGAAACUGUCCACGAGAUUCUUGAAAGACUGGAGGCUCACCUGAAAGCAGAUGGUCAAUUCACUGUUGUUGCCAACAUGAGAGGAACGAAUGCUGAGGAAGUGGCUGAGCGCGUGUUGAGCCAACCAUCAUUAUCAGGACUGCAGGGACCAACGAUAAGCCCUGUUUACUGUAAACGAGAUGGAAAAGUAUCGAUUGAGUACUAUGCAAGUGUUAUAUGUGUACCGAAGAAGGCCCUGUACGAGUCUGUUCAGCAACUGCGAGCGAUCGGAGGUAGUGGAGUCCUGGUUUCACCUCUCACCUACAUUUUCGACGAGGAAACUCCCAGAUGGAGUCAGCUGCUGAGAAAUCUCAGGCUUUAAUGCCUCUUCACAUAAUUGAUAGUUUUGGUGAGCCAAAAGCAUUCUUGAUAGAAGAGCUCAUAAUCUGCACGAGGGUCUAGAAUUUAUCCUUGUGGGCAAUCCUGCAUUUGUGCCUUUCAAUGAAGUUGUUUUUUACUGGCACCUCCUUCUCUGUUGCAACUUGUACGGUUGUCUCUUUUUAGCAUCUCUAUUUGGUUUUGAGGAUCUUGGAGAUUGUUGUUAAAUCCAAUAGAACAAUACUAAAGGCCUUCUUGCUUAGCCUUUUAAUUC